UAGGCGAAGUAUACGAAGUACUUUAUUUGCUGGCCUGUUUGUCUCCGUCAUCGAAAUUUAUAGAAUAAGCAGAUUCAUUAAAAACUUGUAGUUUCAUUUUAUUGCAGUGGCGCUAAAUAAUUGAGGUGCAUACCGGACGCGAAGAUUCUUAUCGAUAUAAAUAUCUAUUAUCGAUAGGGUAAGCUCAUCGAUUUUUCAGCGAGCUGGACAGCGAAAGAUAGUAUAAACAAAAUGAGUAAAAAUAACAAAGUGGUUUGGACCGAUGAAAUUUUACUUUUUAUUAUAAAACAUGUGAAAGCAGCGCCAUUCGUUUGGGAUCAUUCGCAUCCACAAUUCGCAUAUAAAUCAAAAAAGGCGAAAUUCUGGUCGCUUCUUGCAGAAAAAGUUAACGCCUAUGGUGGAUUUUUUUCAGCCACACCAAUUACGAAAGAGGCAUUGCAAAAGAAAUGGACAAAUAUGAAGACAUACUAUUUGUUCGAGGAAAGCAAAUCGAGACGAAUCGGUGCAGAUGCAGAAAACUUUAGUACGACCUGGAAAUUUCGGCUAACUUUAUCAUUCUUGAGUUCAGCUCUGGACACACCAACACGAGCACAGCAAAACUCAUCGGCAGAAAACGCAUGUAGCACAACAUUACCACCGACUGCAAGUAAUAGUAGUUUUGAUCUAUCAGAAGACGAUCCGCUUGCCACUCAAGAAUGCCAGCCACCAAUUACAAUAAAAACGGAAGAACCAUCAGUUGAUGAUUCGCCAGCAUUUAAUGAGCCUGCUGAAGAAGAAGCUCCUUUUCCACCCAUAAGAAAAAGACCAAAAGAGUCGCCAAUCUUAGAAGUUCGCAGCCCCAGAAAAGCACACAAAUCGUAUUUUUAUCAUUAUGGUAUGACUAUUGCCCAAGAUUUGGAUCAACUGGAUGAGGACUAUAAGAUAGAUGCUAAAUUGGAAAUAAUGCAAAUUAUUGCCAAAUAUAAGAGAGAACAGUACUUAAAUCAAUCCGAUAGCUAAGAAAAUAAAAU